AUGGUUUAUUAUUUCAACGAGGAUAUGGAAUCGGUGGAAACAAUUGUGAGUGUACUCAAAGUGUGUUCCAAAUAUUUCUCGGUGCCGACAAUUAUCGACGAUCCAAAAUUAAAACAAAAGAUCGCCUACUUGAACAAUCUAAAAUCCGUGUGGUCCAACAAUCAAAUCGAAGACUGUGUCUAUCCUUCUGAAGUGUAUAAACAAAUUUGUGUUAUGUUUUCGGAAAACGUCUUUCGCUCACUACCUGUGUCGUGUUACUCGGGCGAAGACGAAAUCAACAAUGAGAUGAUGUGGGAAUUUCAUCAGUUAAGUCCGGUGUACAGUGUGUUCAACGCGUUCCUGGACCUCAAAGGAUUCGACCCGGAAAAAGCAUCUCAGUAUAUUGACAAAAAAUUUAUCAACGCGUCCAUCCGGCGACUCGACAGUUGUGUGGAAGCCGAAAGGGAAUGGAUAAAGCAUAUCCUCUUGAGACUGUUACAAGUGGCUCCUUACUUGAGGGAUUUCAUAUACCACGGGGUCGUCAACACUCUGGCCGAAUAUGGCUAUGUGCAAAUCAACGAGUUCAAAGGCGUUAAAGAAUUGCUGGAAAUAUUGAAAUCGUACAUUACUUGCAAGCUGAUUGUGCCGGCUGUGCUGGUUAAGGUGUUGCCUCCCCUGAUGAAACGAAACGGGUUGGUCCAUUAUAUUUUGACGUUGAACGAGUGCUUUGAGUUGGCAGUUCGCCAGAUCGACGCCAACCUGUCCGUGGCUUUUGUCGAGUACACGCUGGCGCAUUGGCCGGCCGCCGGCAUGCCGUUGUACUUGCCUUGGUGUCGAAUGCUGUUCGCCAUUUGCCAAAGCUGCGGGGAAGCGCAGUGGACCCAGGUACGGCAAAGGACCGUACAGCAUUUGGCCCAGUUGCUGAGGAAUGACAAUUUUGUCGUUUGCGACGCCACCAUUGAAUUUUGCGGUCGGUUAGUCGACGAGAACAGAUUGGAUAGCGUGCAAGCCCAGACCGUCGCCGAAGCCUUGGCCGUCGUUUAUACCAACCACUGGAAUUACAAUUGCGUCGUAGAAGCCGGCCAUAUGCUCAAGAGACUGGUGGAUAAUCAAUAUCUGCUGGACGGCCCAAGUCGGGUGAAAGUCAUGCAAGUGCUCAUCGAAGAGAGGCCGCACAAAAUGGUCCAGCAAAUGAUCGACGACACUGUCUGA